UAAACGUUUUAAUAUUUCAUUUUUACAAGGAAAUAAAUAAAUAAUUUUCAGACUUCAGUUUUUCUAGUUUUAUAAACUAUUGAUUUUCAAUAAAAUGGAAGAUUUAAACACGGUACCUAAAGAUGAGUGUCGAGAAAUAAAUGAACCGAGUUUAGAAACGAAGCCCGGAUUAUUAGUAAUUAACUCCUAUUUAAAUCAAAUCAAUCCAGAUUUAAAGGACGUUCGAUCUGAAAUUAGAGAAGUUGUUGGCAAACAAAAAUUGCUUAUAGAUGCUAUGCUUAAGGAAAAUGAAGAACUUUCUAAUUUAUUAAAUGAAUCAGAAGUUCAAAAUAUGUUCUCAUCUAUUAAACAUUGUCAUGGACAGCUAGUUGAAUUAAAAAAAAAACUCAUGUUUUUACACAAGAAAACUAUGACAUUAGAAAAAAGGGCUAAUGUUUUACGUGUUGCCAAGCAAAGAGAAGCAUUACAAAGAGAACAUCAAAAAGAAUCAAUGUUGGUACGGGAACAAGAACUUAUAUCAAAACAAACAUAGAAUUGUCCACCUUAAAAGUACAGGGACAAUUUAUAGUGAAUUGAGUAUUCAUUAUUUACUUAUUAUGUUUAUUAUAAUUAAAAUGUAUUAAAUUUCUGUAUUUUAUUUUAAGUUGCAAAAAAUUAAACACAUAGUAUAGUUGUUAAAUGUUUAAGAUUUAUUAAACAUUUGCUAAUAUAAUAUAAUAUUAUUAUAUUUACUAAAUGUAUUGUUUAUGUUUAAAAACAUAAAAUAUAUUGUAAUAUAAUCAAUUAUUUUUGAAUGCAUAUAUAGAAUAACAAAAAGAGCUAUUCAAAUGUGAUAAACCAACUAUGUUGUAAUUUUUGUUCUUUAUUAUUUAUUUUUAUUUAUCUUAUGACAAGCUUGGAUCCCCUUUAAUUUUAAUUCAAUAUUUAAAAAAUAUUUAUAUGGUAUAAUUAUAAAUAACUAUAAAAAUGAUAUUAAUUUGAAUAGUUAGUUCUCUAUGUAAAUGAAGUAAACUUUGUAUAUUAUAUAAUUUACAUAUUUUAACAAAUUAUCUAAAUUUUAUGUUAUUGACAUUUGACCUAUGUUAUUUCUUACGUUACUGUACUCUAUUUUAUGUUUAAAUAAAUUGUCUUGCAUAUAUGUUUUUAAUAAGCU